UGGGCUCUCUGAAGAGUUUGACAGCUUAAUCCAAGCUCUCCUCGUGGUGAAAGAUGGCAAAGAGGGAUCCUAUUGUUCACAUGUAUUUAAGUGCAGGAUGAGCCCGCCACACUGGAUUAAUGGUUUCUCCUCUGCACAAGCAGCACUUGCCUUAGCUGCCUGGGGAGGAGCUGGGGACCUGCCGCAGGGAGAGGGUCAUGGAGGGAAACACGCAGCUUAUUCAGGUCAUCCAGGAAAUGCACUCGGAGAUCAACAAGCUGGAGAGAGAAAAUAGGGCCCUUCGGGUGGAACUGAAAUUCAGCGGACAGAGGGCAACUAACCGGGAAGAAGGAGCAAGAGGACAAGGUGGAAAUGGGGAAGCCAGAAGCCUCACUGAUUCAGGGGAAGAGAGGGUCACUUCUCCAGUGGCCCUGCGUAGGAAUGUCUCAGCCAGCUCAGCUCUGGCACUGCAGGAACAGAAAGGUAAUAGAAUGAUUGUUAGGCGUUAUUCCAUCUCUUCCUCUGUGCAAUCUUUUUCUGGCCACAAACACCACAAAGCUGAGAAAAGACAUCCAAGUAACAGAAUCCUGGAGGUGCAGGGAAUUGUCAAACCACCAGCGGGCUCCUCGGUGAUAACCAACGAAGAAGAAAAAGGAUCUGCAAAAAUUCCAGCGGAUUGCUUCUCCAGCAAUAAUUCUAGCAAAAAGAGAUCUUUUCAAGAGCAUGUUUAUAAGUGCAGGGGUAAAGUAAAGGCGGUUAGGUUCCUGUUACCAAUGGACAUGUCAUCUUAUUCCGAAAAUCAAGGUUCUUUCAAAUGCCCACAAAAUCAGGACACAAAACAGUUAAGCACCAUUAUUGAAAAGGAUAUGUGAGCUGGUGAAUUUUUAAAGGCCCAUUGAUUCUUGAGAUAAACUAGCCUUAAUGAUAGCUGCGUGUCAGGUUAUGUUUCUGCAAAGUGCUUUGGCAGGAUGCCUUCGGAGAAUCACUAAGACUGUGUUCCAGGUCACUGGCCUGUUGUUUAGCAAGAAAAUGGAAGCCAUGACAAAACCUGUCAGAAGCCUAUAUACUAUGUUGAAAUCCCUUGGUAACAAUAUACCACCACCAAGUAUAUUUUUGCAAGAUCCACAUACCUCAAGAACUACUUUUAAAUAGCAUAUGUUGCAGUGUUACUGUUACCACGCAACACAAUUUCUUAUGUUUUGUUGUUGUUCCCAUUGCUAGAAAAAUAUAUAUUUGAAAUCACAAAAUAGAAACAAUUAAAGGACCUGCGAGUUUUUCUGUGUUUUCUGUAAAACCUUAUAAUAGAAAUAUAGCUGGGCUUCUGUGUUGAGAAUAAUAUGUUAACAGUCAUUUGAAUAUUUAUAGGCAUUCACCUUGACUGUCAAUAUCCCUUUUCUACUCAUUUUCUGUGAAUAUUCUAGCGCAUGAGGUACUGGCAAGAAUGUUCACCUAAAAUUGCAUGAAGGGACUAUUGAGAGAAUAGAAACCAUGACAGAUCUUACUAUGAAAAUGCCAUCAAGAGCCUGAUUCUAAGUUAUGCUCAUCUGUUCAGCAACCAGAAACAUACCAUGUGUUCAGCUGUUUUGAUUGGAAUUCUGAAUAUCAAACGCUUGUAGUGAAUUAUUUGUGAACAAGCUCCAGAUCAAGAAUUAUUUGCUGAAAAUAUUUAGCAAAUAACUUCAAAUACAGAGAAAAUGUGAGGAAAAGGAAAAGUGGGGACAAUUCAUGACAAGGAAAAGAGGAAAAACUCAUCAAGUAAAUUAUUUAUUGUGAACUAUUUACCCGCU